AUGACGGGAUAUAUUGACAAUGAUCAAUUGUUAAUUCACUGUUUCCAAGAUAGUUUGAUCGGAGCUGCAGCUAAAUGGUACAACCAGCUGGGUCGUACCCAAAUUUGCUCAUGGAAAGAUUUGGCUCAAGCUUUCAUGGGACAAUAUAGCCAUGUAGCAGACAUGACGUCCGAUAGGAUCACGCUACAAAACAUGGAGAAGAAACAGAACGAAAGCUUCAGGCAGUACGCCCAGAGGUGGAGAGAAGUGGCAACUCAAGUCCAGCCGCCUCUUCUGGAAAAAGAAACCAUAAUGCUUUUAAUCAAUACUUUAAAGGCCCCGUUCAUCACCCAUAUGUUGGGAAGCGCCACUAUGAGCUUCUCAGAUAUAGUGAUGAUCGGUGAAAUGAUUGAAAAUGCGGUGAGAAAUGGUAAAAUAGAUGCGGGGGAAAACUCUAAAAGACCAAACUCGAGGAAGAAGGAAGGCGAAGUGAACAAUGUGAGUGCGUACAAUAACGGAUACUCAAAGCCAAUUACUGUUGACCCACUAAGGAUGGUAGCUACUAGCCAUCAAGGUCCUCUGAGGCAAGAGUCCAAUUCAAGGUCAGAAAGACCCCAAUUUACACCUAUCUCAAUAACUUAUAAAGAGUUGUAUCAAAAUUUAUUCGAUGCACGCGUGGUAGCCUAUUUUUAUCUAAAACCCAUGCAACCCCCGUUUCCUAAGUGGUAUGAUACAAACGCUCAAUGCGAAUAUCAUGCAGGGAUAACGGGACAUUUGAUCAAGAAUUGUACUGCGUUCAAGAAGGUGGUUGAAAGACUCAUCAAAAUGGGUAUUGUGAAGCUAGAUGACCCUUCUGGACCUAACGUAGCAAGGAACCCCUUACCUAAUCAUUCUAACAAAUGGGUCAACGAGGUAUCCAAGGAUGGAAGUAGGAGAAUCAAGGUAGACGUGAUGGAGGUGAGAGCCCUAAUGAAAUAUGUUUGGGACCAGAUGGUAUAUAGGGGUCUAAUCACACGAGAUUUAGACGAAAAGCCUAAAGAGGCAAGAAUGUACUGUGAGUUCCAUGCCAAGGAGGGUCAUAAUAUCCAAGAAUGUGCAGAGUUUAGGACCGUGGUACAAAAUCUGAUGGAUAAUAAAGAGAUUGAGUUUUAUGAAGGGAAUAAAAAAUUUGAAGCAAGGGAGGUCUGCGCCUCGGAGGAGGGACCUGCAGAAAGGUUCCAGAAGGUCAAUCACCCAGUGGUGAUCAUUUCACGACCAAGGAAUAAUGAAGCGGGAAUACAAGUACCACCGAAAGUCAUAAUCCAAAAACCUGUCCCCUUUCUCUAA